AUGCUCCCUCACGCGCUCUCUCACGCGCUCUAUCAUACGCACCCUCACGCGUUCUCUCACGCGCUCUCACAUGCACUCUCACACGCACUCUCUCACGCGCUCUCUCACGCCCUCUCUCACGCACUCUCUCAUGCGCUCUCUCACACGCUCUCUCACGCGCACUCUCACGCGCUCUCUCACGCGCUCUCUCACGCGCACUCUCACGCGCUCUCUCACGCGCUCUCUCAUGCUCUCUCUCAGGCGCACUCUCAGGCACACUCUCACGCGCUCUCUCUCGCGCUCUCUCUCACGCACUCUCACGCACAUUCUCUCUCUCACGCGCUCUCUCACGCGCUCUCUCACGCGCUCUCUCACACGUUCUCUCACGCGCUCUCUCAUACGCACCCUCACGCGCUCUCUCACGCGCUCUCACACGCACUCUCUCACAUGCUCUCUCACGCCCUCUCUCACGCACUCUCUCACGCGCUCUCUCACGCGCACUCUCACUCGCACUCUCACGCGCUCUCUCACGCGCUCUCUCACGCGCUCUCUCACGCGCUCUCUCAUACGCACCCUCAUGCGCUCCCUCACGCGCUCUCUCACGCGCUCUCACACGCGCUCUCUCACGCGCUCUCUCACGCGCUCUCUCACGCGCUCUCUCAUGCACACCCUCACGCGCUCCCUCACGCGCUCUCAUGCGCACCCUCAUGCGCUCUCUCAUGCGCUCUCUCAUGCGCACCCUCACGCGCUCUCUCACGCGUUCUCUCAUGGGCUCUCUCGCGCGCUCCCUCACGCGCUCUCUCAAGCGCUCUCUUACGCGCUCUCUCACGCGUUCUCUCCUGCGCGUUCGCUCGCGUGCACACGCCCUCCCUCGCGCUCCGUCUCUCCCCUUCUUCAAAUGAAAGUGCAAUGCAAGAGGAGACCAAUUGA